AUGAAGAGCAGCGUGUGUCUGUGCGUCCUGAUGGCAGUCCUGGCUGCUGGCGCCCUGGCGCAGCCAGUGGCACCAGCAGAAGCCGCGGAGUCGGCGGUGCAGCGGGCAGAGGAGGCCCCCCGAAGGCAGCUGAGGGCGGUGCUCAGGACCGACGGCGAGCCCCGAGCGCGCCUGGGCGCACUGCUCGCACGAUACAUUCAGCAGGCACGCAAAGCUCCUUCCGGCCGCAUGUCUGUUCUUAAGUCCCUGCAGAGCCUGGACCCUAGCCACAGGAUCAGUGACCGAGACUACAUGGGCUGGAUGGAUUUUGGCCGGCGCAGUGCUGAGGACUACGAAUACCCGUCCUAG